AUGAGCCGGGGGAGGUGGCUCCGCGGCGCGCAGCGGCCGCCGCCGGCUAUAAAAGCCUCCGGGCCCGGGGCAGGCAGGGCCAGGCGAGCGGCCGCGGACCGGCGGAGGAUGGAGGGCGGAGGGAUGGGGUGCGCCUGCCCCGGCUCGCCGGCGCUGCCCCCGCAGGGGUACUCGACCCUCUCCUCCUCCUCCUGCCGGUGCGGGGCGCGGCCCGGCCCAGCCCUAACGGUCCUGCCCUUGCCCCGCAGGUCCGCGCCUUUCUGGAGGCCGUGGGUGCCCACGCCGGGCGAGGCGGGCCGGCGGAGCGGCACCGGCCCCGCCGCGCCUCACAGCCCCUGCGGGCUGGCGGAAGCCUCCCGAAAGCUGGCGCAGUACACGCACCCCGUCAGACUAUUUUGGCCCAAAUCAAGGUGCUAUGAUUACUUAUAUCAGGAAGCUGAAGCACUUCUGAAAAACUUCCCAGUUCAAGCUACAAUUUCCUUUUAUGAAGACUCGGAUAGUGAAGAUGAAGAUGAACUGGAACAAGAUUCAAGAACAGAAUCAGAUUGCUGAUUGCAGGAAAGGCCAGCGCAACUUCUGAGACUUAAUUUAAACUUAAUAUAAACAUGUAUUAUAGUAUUUUUAAAGAUAAUUUAUUUGUAUGUAAGUUAUUCUUAAUAAAACUGAAAUGUCUUGUAAUUUUA